GUGUUUGAGAUAGGACAGCUAAAUCGUAUCUAACCCCAAACAGCACUGUGUUAAAAAUCUGUUUGCUAUAUAUGAUUUUCUGCUCUUAAAUCUCUGUUCCUGCCAGAUAUUUCAGUAUGGACAAGCUUUGGGUCAUAUUGACUCUAGCAGGACUGUUGACUUCUGGAGCGGAGAGUUUUAAGAUAUCAGAGAAAGAGUAUGAGAACAUUGAUCGAAUGCUGGAAUUUGGGGCCCAAAUAUUUCUAAGCUGUUUGGACAAAGUCAAAGAGGCCACUGAGAAACUGGUGAAAGAAGACAUGCUGAGAACAAACAGACUUGCAAUCCAGGACAACUGGAAUUCCUUCAGAGAGACAGCCAACAGUAUCAGUGUAGAGGAAAGAGGUAAAGGAGUGCAGGACGAUUUAAUUGUAGCAGCACGCACUGUUCGAAGACUGGUCCUGCACUACAAGGAUGAUGUCAAAAAAAUAUUCCAUACAGUAAUAAUGGAGCAGAAUGUUCAACUGUAUCUCCCAUUUGUAAACACGUUCAAAGGGACCAUUGAAAGAGACAAAGCCAAUGAGAUCUGGGGCAAAUUGGUUUCAGACUACCUUCCUGAUGCUCCAUCAAUUGAAAGUCAACCACUGGAGUUUCUCUGUUACCUGCUGUCCACUUGCACCGUGGAAACAUAUAUUGUGAAUGUUCUGAAGUUUGGUGUGGAAGUCAUUUCAGAAAUAAAAAAAAUAGAUUUUGAAAAAGUAACUGAAAGGGUGAUAAUGUACUUUGAGGAAUUUUUGGAAAAGUUAGAUGAAAUUAAGAGAAUUGAACGUGAAAAAGAAAAGGAUGAAUUUAUUCUGGUGGCAAGUGCUCUCUCCAGAGCGCUCGUUUUUUACUGGGAAAGGUUUCUGAACACUACAGAUACUCCUGAGUUACAGGAAAAGUAUGAAGUCAUUGAGAGAAAACUGAGGGAGCAAAAUCUUAAGGAAGAACUAGAAGAAGCACUAAAGCCUAUAAUGGAAUCUGAAACAAUAGAUGAUAUUUUGAGUCUUCACUUUGAUUUUGCCCGUGAGUUUUAUUAUAUCGGCGUUUCUCCGCUGAUUAUGUUGUACUCUACUGGUCCACAGAGGUUCGAGAGGACUCUAAGGGUUGUGGGCAUGAGUGCUGUUAUUCAUGGAAACACCAUUUAUGAACAGCUGUCUGAAAGGGGGCUGUUUUCUGAGAUGAAAAGACUGUAUUUCAGAGCUGUGGACAUAGGAACUGCCCUGGCGGGCAAUGAAGAAAUUCAGUACUUUAAAGAGACGUGUUUUGAGAAAUGGAAGUCUUUCAGAGAAGAACUCAACAAACUUGUAGAUGAAGAGAGACAAAAAUCACAUAUCCUACUUCCACAAUUGCGGGCUGUUGCACGAAUGUUAAUUGCCAAAUUUGAGGAGCUCGUCGACAAAGUCAACGCAGAUAUUGAUGAUGACACAGUACAACAGAUGUCAAUGAAGUGGAGUAAUAUUCAAGAAAAAUGCAUUAAAAAACUACUGACCAGUGGAGCACUUACUCAGGAUCAACUGGAUGAAGCUCACAGAAUCUUUCUGAAUGAUCUAAUGGAGUUUUAUGAAAAGUAUCUGGCAUUUACAGAAAAGGAUCCACAGAGAGUUGAAGAUACAUUUAAGGCUCUGGUUAAAGUGGUGUUGGUGGGGUUUAACUUCAUAUAUGCUCCACUGGCUCAAGCUCUGGACUUCUUACUCGCCUGAUCACUUCAGACACAAUGCGGCCGUUUUCAUUAACCCAUAAUCUGAUUAAUUGUAAUCCCACUGUAAUCUGACAUCACUAUUCUCAAUACUUCACUGAAUAAAAUACUUUAUUGAAAUAAACGGUUCUAUACAACAC